UCUUGGCUGUAGCCAUGCUUCUGGGAUCUACAGCGUCAGCUCAGAAGCGCAUCAUCGGGGGAGCCGACUGCAGGCCUCACUCUCAACCUUGGCAAGUCUUCCUCUACGACAGCUUUCAAUCCCUCUGUGGAGGGGUCUUGAUUGAUCAGCAUUGGGUAGUCACAGCUGGACACUGUCACGGAUGGCAAGCCACUGGGCCCGUGGGGAGGAAGUGGAAAGGACACAGAAGAUCUAUCACUGUUUUCCUCGGCGCUCACACUCUGUGGAAGAGAGGAGGGGCCCAGAUCACCCAAGUCAUCCAGACCAUCCGCCAUGCUGAUUUUGAACCUGAGGUCCUCAGCAAUGACAUCAUGCUUCUACGCUUGGACCCCCCCGCCAUCCUGGGACCCAGAGUCAGGCCCAUUCCGUUGGCAAAGCAGUGUGUGCCUUUUGGGACGAAGUGUGUGGUGUCGGGUUGGGGCUCCACAACUUUUCCUGAAGUAAAACAUGCCAGAAACCUGCAGUGCGUUGAAGUGACAGUCCUGCCCAAAAAACUGUGCCAGGAUGUCUACGGACCCAGCUUUAUCGAGAGCCAGAUCUGUGCGGGAGCCAUUGAAGGAGGCAAAGACGCUUGCCAGGGCGAUUCUGGAGGUGCCAUGGUCUGCAACGGGGUCCUUCAUGGCUUGGUAUCAUGGGGAAACAUGCAGUGUGCAGCUAAGUAUUCACCGGGCGUCUACACUGAAAUCUGCAAAUUCAGGGAAUGGAUCAUAAAGAACAUGACUGAUUAA